CCCAAAGGCCUCACUCUAAACACACCUCCUUUAAACCUGGGGCGGUUCCCCUCGAUGAUUGAAAUGUUUUGGCAGUGUCAUCCUACUUAUUGACCUUUGCUCUUUUCUAAUUCUUUGCGCUUUUGUCCGCCGGUUAUUAGCAACGAGCUUUCAACGGAGGCAACCUCAUUGAUACCGCAAACACGGCCAUGGUUAAACGGCUAAAGAUCAUGGUGUCCUGCUCGUAUAAAGCGGUGGGCUGCUAUUGGACACCGGCCUUCUACAUCCUUGUCUUUAUCAGCUUCCCUCUGGGCGACAUCCAGUCUGCAUCCUUCAUAUAUGUCCUAUUACUUCACAGCAAGGCCCUCAAGAUUUCUUCCCCGCAGGGUCAGCAACGCUCCAUGGCAAGCUAUAAAUAGACUCCAUAUUAUCUUUGAAGGAGCAAUUCCGGGAAGGCUUGCUAUUCCCGCCAUCCCACCCUUCUGGGCCCAUGGAUGAACGUCAUUAACGCCGAGCUUGGACACGAUCACCAGUUUUGGGAUGGAUCACGGCAAAGGUGAACAUAUAAUAGCGUGGCGCCACCACCCUUAACUUCGCUACACCGCCGGCCCGGGAGUGACUUAUCGCAGGUAGUAUGACGUACCUAGUCAACACCCUCCCUUCCCGAC